CACUGUACUCCAUAAAACGUGAUGCAGCCUGCAUGACAGCCGCAUGAUCUAGUGGUGGCGCUCGAGAGAAUCGACACGUCCGUGACGCCAUCAGUGUGCGCCGGUGACGAGCUGCAGCGCGUGUUGGCGUCUACGCGUGUGAGGACGAGCAACACGUGAAGAUCAGCAGGAAUGGCACCGGUACAAGAAGCAGAAAUCAUCUUUGCUCAGAAACUUGCGUCCAACGAGAAGCCUAUCAGGAGCAAAGCCUUGGUGAAGCUCAGGAAAUACAUCAGUGCGCGAUCAGCGAGAGCAGAAGGUGGUUUCAGUGAGGAGGAGCUGCUGAAGAUAUGGAAGGGUCUGUUCUACUGCCAGUGGAUGCAGGACAAACCGCUGCUGCAGGAGGAACUGUCAACAAAAAUCUCCAGGCUCCUCCACAGCUUUCGGACGGUCGACAGCCAGUUCCUGUAUUUUAAGACGUUUCUUCAGACCAUGAAGAGAGAGUGGAACGGCAUCGACAUACUGCGAAUGGACAAAUUCUACCAGCUUGUCCGCUUUGUUUUCCGAGAAGUGUUUGAAAUGCUGAAGAGACAGGAAUGGGAGUCCAGUCUGGUGAGUGAGUUUCUUCAGCUCAUUUCAGCUCAGCUCCUGCAAAGCUCCAGCGCGGCUCCGACCGGAUUCGUCCUUCACAUUCUCGACCUCUAUAUGAAUGAACUGGCCCUUGUCGGCUCAGCUGAGCUGACAGCAGACCAGAACCAGACCUUUAUUGAGCCUUUCUUCAAGACUAUGGCCAAAACCAAAGAUCGGGUCCUGCUGAAGGCCAUCGGCAGCAAUAUCUUUAACACCAUCGUUGAUCAAGUUCCUUACGCCAUCGAGGAUCUGAAGAGAGAGAUUCGUCAGAAUGCAGGGGAAGAGCUGGACUCAUGUGAAGAAUCUGAAAACAAUCAGGACAACGAAGAGAAAACUCAAGAUUGUGCGGAGAACCGUGAUGAAAACGAGGAUUGGUUUUUGGAUGACACGGACACUAAGGAUGACGACACAUGUGGACCUGUUCUUCAGUUCGACUAUGGUGCUAUAGCGGACCGACUUUUUGCGCUGGCCAGUAACUCAAAGAUACAGAGCUUCAACAGGUCCAAGAUUUACAAGUUUGUGAAAAUUUUCCGAGACCUGAGUGAAGGUGUGUUCCCUCAGGAUGAAGUGGAGAAUGUGUCCUCUGAUGAUACAGAUGAUGAUGAAGAUCAAAAAAGAAAGCGAAAAAGGAGAAAGAGACAAAAGAAUAAAGAGAGGAAAGAGUCGUCGUCACUGGACAAAUCCAACGGUCAAUCAGAGUCAGCGGCUGCGUCAGAUGACACUGACAUAUCAAAGGAAAAAAAGAAAAGCAAGAAAAAGAGAAAGAACAAAAGUUUAAAGAGUGUUGAUGGCCAGACAGACCCUUCAGAGGAGACACAGGACGCUGAUGUUGAGGGAGCAGCCACAGAUUUAACAGAAAAGAUGGAGUCUAAUGCUGAACUCUCAGAAGGUGACAGUGAAAGAACGCAUGUGAAUUCAAGCACUGAACCUGCAGACAAACAGCCGAAAGCCUUUAAACUUCUGAAGAGGAAGCGGAGGAAGAAGACUGUUUCGAGAAAGACGUCUGAAGACACAUCAGAGGGAGCAAAUGACAGCUCAGAGAUGGAAAUUAGUGUUGAAUCAGCAGAGAUCGUGACUUCUGUACCGCUGAAGAAAAAGCAAAAACUGAAGAAAAAAGCAAAAGAGAUUGGUGAAGGAGAAACUGGACGUGAAUCUGAGCUCACUUCUGCUUGUUUAACAAGCUGCAUCUCAGCCACCACACCCGUAGAUGUGUCAACAGCCACACCGUCCAAGAAGAGGCUGAAAAAGCCCUCCUCAGACAAGAUGACGGAGGCUGAAGUCAAAGAACAGUGUGAUUCACAGAAGACCGUAGACACCUCUGACUCCUCUAAAGCCUCACGAAAAACAACAAUGAAGAAGAAGAAAAAACAGAAAGACGUUGUCCCGGAGCCAGACGCCAAUGGAGAAGUUGAUGACUUGCAGACAGAGACAGGGCAGCGGCCUGCUGGAAGAAUGGGAAUGAAGAAGAGCAAGCAGAAAUCGGCAGCAGAGCAGAUCACGCCAGCGAGGAAGAGGAGGGUGAAGGAGGAAGAGGUGAAGCCUUCACAGGUGAAUGGACACACAGACGAGACGAGUGUCAAGAGACCUAAAAUCAUCAGCGAAGAGCCUUCAGUCACUAAAAACAAGAAGGCUAAAGAGUUUGUCCUCAGACAGAAGAAAGCUCCCGCACCCAUCUUCUGUAAAGCUGCAGGAAUGAGCACACGCAUGGCCAGUAAAAAGGUUUUGCCAGCUUCAAAAUCUGAAAUGAAGAAAGUCACAUUUGGUCUCAAGAAUAAUAAAACAAUGGAAUUCAGGAAGAUGGACCAAAGCUCACUGGUGAGUCCUGUCAGUCAAUCUCGCGUGGCCUUUGACCCCAAGAGGACGCCAAAGUCUGGGGUGUUGAAGUCGCCCUCGUCAUCGCCUGCUGUCACGAAAAGAGCCAUGGCAGCAGAUUUCUUUUAAAAUGAAGAUUCACCUGUUGUUCUUUGUGAUAUUUAGUCUGUUGAAAUGUCUUCUGAAAACAAUGGACAGGAGGAAAUGAAUGCAUAAAGAGAUAUUUUAUAUUUACUUUUGAUGUGUUCUCAUGCUUUGCUUUCUUCAGACAUGUACAAAGAGAGUUGCAAUAUUGUAAAGGGGACAUGAGCUGUUUUUUUUUUGUUUUUUUGGUACUGUUCUCUGAGGUCCACUUACGUUAUCAAGAUUUUUACAUCAUAAACACCAUUACUUUCUGUCCUGCUUUUAUCCCUCCCUUAGCGGUGCACUCUGAUUGAGUAGGCAUGGUGGACUCUAGACUCUGAAGUAAAUGCCACAACAUAAAUAACUCCGUACAUAUCAAACAAUCUGUAAGAAGAGACAAAGCAAUAGUGAUCACGUAAUGAAAACAGUUUCUCAAACUUCUGUUGCGAUUCAAUAUAGGCGGCACAGCAUAAUCUUUUAGUUUCAAUCUUUUUGAAAACAGGUAAUUGUAAACAAAUCUGCAUUAAAAUGAAGUAAACAAAGGACAGCGUUCUUACAGAGACGGUCUGGAACUUCAUUAAAAAUAAAGUUUAUCCACACUUUCCUAAUGUUGUGAUCGGAAGGAAGGCAAAGCGAAGACCACAAAUUGGCACUGAUUGUUGCACAAAUUUUUCCACAAAUUGGCACUGCAGAGUGUCAUUUUUAUUGUUUGGUUUCUGCCUAGACCUGUGUAUUCGCCUCUCUGGUAAACACUAUGUGAAUCGGUGGGUGGGGCUAAACAGACGGCAAUGUCGAUCUUUUUCUGUGGAGGCGGUGCUUAUCUACCUGUUACAUCAAAGUAGAACAUUCCGAAAGCUGUCGUUUUGGCAGACUGCCUUUAAUAUAAGCUGUUUUUGGACUAACGACAAAGUUUUGACUUCUGAAACAGGAUGUUUUUAUAGUACAAUGAUCUCUUAGGUGUCAAAAGAUCAAAGGAAUUUUGGUUUCUCAGUUCAUCACCCCUUUAAGGUGGCUUUUUUAAAAAGAAUAUUUGGAUCAUUUGAGAAUGCCAUAAACCUCAUUACAAGGAUUCUAACAAGUAAACAAUAUGGCAGAAGAAAAGAAUGAAAUUUACUACAGCAUUCUUACUACAGUUGUCUAGUCCAGGCAUGGACUGCUCUGGUCCUGGAGAACUGCUGUCCUGCAGAGCUCAGCUCCAGUUUUAUAGUAAUCCUGAAGUCGUAGAGAGCUGAACUGUUGAUGCCUGUAAAUCAAUACUCUCAUCAAGUGUAAGUGAAUAAAACUUGUUUUCUGUUUUCUUA